UCACCCGAGUGUGCCGAGCUGCUAGUGAAGUAGUUGUUUUGACUUUAUCUCAGGUUUGGGUUGUCCGGAAUUCACGAGAAUAUAACGUAUAAAAGGCACUAUUCGCUUGCCAGAUAAUGGCUGUUACGACCGAAUGGGCUAGUAUCAAACCAAUUUGUUUAUGUUUCACUUUCAUCACUUGGCUAACCUAUUGCUGCUAGCACAUGCUGAGUGACAUAAAGUUUUCCAUAAAGAUACAAACACAGCCUUCUGGUGUAACAUUUUAGGAAUCAUCUGAAGAAUUAUUAAGAAUGUUGUACAUUUGCUCAUUGCAUGCAAUAUAAUACAACUAAGCUAGCUUCAUGCAUGCAACUAUGAGACGAUAACAUAUGAAGAACAUCUAACGUUAUCGAGAUUUCUCCGACUCCCAUGAGAUAGCUUGAAACACAGCACGAGAGUGUUAUUCUCUCUGGAGAUGUCAAACGCGACACAGGGCCCCAGCGCGUGGUCACAGGAGACCGCCUAGCGCGCGUGGGCACCUCGUCAUGUGCCGCCGAUACCAGAAGCAUAAUCUUAUCCAGUUUUUACAAGACCACUUGAAUAUACGCAGCACUCUGCGCUGGAUACCUGAGGGACCUGCUGAUUGGCUGCAGGGGGCUGAGAGGGAGCGUCUGAUUGGCUGGAGAAGCUGAGGGGUCCCCCAGGCUUCCUCUGGAACUAGUGGUGAUGGAGAAGAUGACGCGUGUGAGUACGGCGCUGGGCAGUGCCGCUGUCGGGGGAAAAACCAUGUUCUGCCACCUGGACGCCCCUGCCAACGCCAUCAGUGUGUGCCGAGAUGCAGGACAGGUGGUGGUGGCGGGGCGCAACAUCUUUAAGAUCUACGCGCUGGAGGAGGAGGGCUUCACCGAGCGGCUCAACCUGCGCGUAGGGCGCAAGCCCUCGCUCAACUUCAGCUGCGCCGACGUCAUGUGGCACCAGAUGGACGAGAACCUGCUGGCCACGGCGGCCACCAACGGCGCGGUGGUCACCUGGAACCUGGGCCGGCCCUGCCGCAACAAGCAGGAGCAGCUCUUCACUGAGCACAAGCGCACGGUCAACAAGGUGUGCUUCCACCCCACCGAGGUGCACAUGCUGCUGUCCGGCUCGCAGGACGGCUUCAUGAAGUGCUUCGACCUGCGCAAGAAGGAGUCCGUCAGCACCUUCUCAGGUCAGUCGGAGAGUGUGCGUGACGUUCAGUUCAGCAUGAAGGACUACUUCACGUUUGCGGCGUCCUUUGAGAACGGUAACGUCCAGCUGUGGGAUAUCCGUCGGCCCGACCGCUACGAGCGCAUGUUCACUGCUCACACUGGCCCUGUGUUUUGCUGUGACUGGCACCCGGACGACAGGGGCUGGCUGGCCACAGGCGGGCGGGACAAGAUGGUGAAGGUGUGGGAUAUGACCACCAACCGGGCCAAGGAGGUGUACUGCGUGCAGACCAUCGCCUCCGUGGCGCGGGUCAAGUGGCGGCCCGAGAAGAAGUACCACCUGGCCACCUGCUCCAUGAUGGUGGACCACAACAUCUAUGUGUGGGACGUGCGCCGGCCCUACAUCCCCUUCGCCACCUUCGAGGAGCACAAGGACGUCACCACAGGCAUCGUUUGGAGGCACCAACACGACCCACAGGUGCUAUUGUCCGGCUCCAAGGACAGCACACUGUACCAGCAUGCAUUCAAGGACGCCAGCCGGCCCGUGGACCGUGCCAAUCCCGAGGGCCUGUGCUUCGGCCUGCUGGGCGACCUGGCCUUCGCCGCCAAGGAGAGCCUGAUGGCCGGCGAGGCCGGACGCAAGCCUGGCUACCCGGGCGGGGACCGCCGCUACCCCAUCUUUUUCUUCAAGAAGCCGGACGUCACCGAGCAGUUCGCCCAGGUGUCCAGCGUGCUGAGCGUGUUCGAGGCGCCUGCAGGAGGAGGAGGAGGAGGAGGAGGAGGUGGCGGUGGCGUCGUGGGAGGUGUCGGGGCAGGGAGCUGCAUGGAUUGGUUCGUGGAGACGGCACGGCUCUACCUGCUGAGUGGGAAGCCCUUUGCCGAGUUGUGCGACCACAACGCCAAGGUGGCCAAGCAGCUCAACCGCCCACAGGUUUCCACAACAUGGACCAUGUUAAGGAUCAUGUUUUCAGAGCCAGCCAACCUUGGCAGCUCAACUAAUCACAACAUCGGCAAACUGGGAACCUUGCCCCUCCUCAAUAGUUUCAGUAUGAAGGAGUUGAGCUCCGGCCUGAACGAGCGGAACAAGGAGAGCAGACAAGACAACAUCCACAACCUGGAAAUCAACGUCAACAACAACGAUGUGGACAAUGAGGAGACAGAGGGCAGUGAGGGUCAGGCCGAGUACGUGUUUGGAGACGCAGAGCUGGACGAUGAUGACCUGUACUCCAUGGAGCAUGACAACCAGACUGAGGAGCCUGAGUACACGCUCCCGCAGGAGGCCUUCCCGCUGCGGCACGAGAUCAUGGAGCAGCCGGCGGCGCCCGAGCUCCUGGAGAAGGCCGAGUCGCCGCACGUGAGCGGCAGCGAGGCGGAGAGCAGCACGGGCGGCGGCGGCGCGUGCCUCACGCCCUCCGAGUCGGUCAGCCUCAUCUCCGUCUCGCAGCUGCUCUUCCCGCCGCACCUGCCGCCCGCCUUCUUCGGCCCCGUCGUCAAGGAGAUGCUGGCCCACUACGCCGAGCAGGGCGACGUGCAGAUGGCCGUGUCCGUGCUCAUCGUCCUCGGCGAACGCAUCCGCAAGGAGAUCGACGACCUCACGCAGGAGCACUGGUACAUGUCCUAUAUUGACCUGCUGCAGCGCUUUGAGCUGUGGAACGUGUCCAACGAGGUGAUCAAACUGAGCACGUGCGCAGCCAUCGGCUGCCUCAACCAGACCUCCACCACGCUGCACAUCAAUUGCAGCAACUGCAAGCGGCCAAUGAACAACCGCGGCUGGAUCUGCGACAGGUGUCGCCAGUGUGCAAGUGUGUGUGCAGUGUGCCACCACGUGGUGCGGGGCCUGUUUGUGUGGUGCCAGGGCUGUGGGCACGGCGGCCACCUGGAGCACAUGAGGAGCUGGCUAAGGGAUAACACACACUGCCCCACGGGCUGCGGACACCUGUGUGAAUACACCUAACACACACACACACACACACACACACACACACACGGAAUAAGCGUGUGACUAGACGCUCAGUUUGAAAGCAUGUGUCAGUCUAUGGUCAGGGUGUGAAGUUGGUUUACCAUGAUGCUGCUGUUGCUGUUUUUUUGGGAAUAACCGCUGCUAUUCUUACAGGACAAUAAAGGAUGAACACACACACACACACACACACACACACACACACACACACACACACAAAUGUUACCAUCACACAAUACGAAAGAUACCAACACACAUACUUCAGCCUACAACACACACACAAACACAUACACAGCAACACACACUAGCAAGUGCAAGCGCGCACACACACACACACACACGUUAUUCCAGCAUACAUUACAAGCUAUACACACUUGCCAAACACAAUCUCUUCCGAAGCCAAUCACCUCAAGAGGAAAGGGACUAGCUCUUUUUUUAUAUUUGGACUGGUAUGUGUUCUUACAUGCCCAUUCUCAGGCAGCUGUUUGCCUGAGACAUGUUAAGUUGUUUGUAUGUAUGUAAAUAUGUGAUCCUGAUGAGAAUAAUGAAGAUGAUGUGUAAUAAAUUCCUCCUUUUGCUGCCCAUUGUCUUCACGUGGAGCAAGCUCACUAUCUGACAAA